GUGGAGCUUCAGUUCGGUCUGUUUCCAGCAGACGAAAAUAUUUCCAAGCGAUCCAAAUAUAGUCAGGGACUACAUCCCGUUUCCCCACCCUCAUCCCAUAGCUGUGUGAUGACGCGCAGUGGAAAGUUUGCUCCGUCUUCGGCCUUCAAACCCUGUGAAAUUGCGCUGUGCGAUAGUCUGAAGUAACGGGAUGCCUUGUUGCUUGUUGUGAGACACUGAGAGGGGAGACCGAUGCUAAAAAGCUUUUGCUGAAGCUCAAUUUCUGUGCGGAAGACAGUACUCCUCAUUACCAUCACUAACCCUGGAGCAGGGAUUUAGGGAACUGGAUGGGACAGUACAAGUCACGCCCCAAACAUUCAUGUGCAGAGGAAUGGAAGAAAAAGAUCAGUGAGAGUUACUCGGUGCUCAGGUCCCGUCUAAGUGAGGACCUUCGGGUGAAGGAAGGGGUGGAGCUAACAGAAAUCCAGGCAGCAUGCAGUCGAGGUGACCUUGAGAAAAUAAAGGAGCUGGUCUCCCAAGAUGUGGAACUCCUUGAGAAGGAGACAGAGAAUGGUCCCGCGCCGCCGCCCCCGAACGGACUGACCCUGCUGCCCCUGAGUGUCAUCCCCGCAGGAGAGAGAGCUCACGUGGAGUGGUUAUUGUCUGAGGGAGUAGAACCUGGGCAGCUCAGCAAGAAUGGCUUCUCUGCACUACAUCUGGCAACAUAUAGGGGUGAUAUAGAAUUGAUGAAGUUGCUACUGGACCACAAGGCAGAUAUCUGUCUGUCAGGGUUCGGGGGAGUCCAUCCCAUCCACAUCGCCUGUAUGUGUGGGAACGAGGAGGUAGUGGACCUUCUCCUGGAGCGGGGAGCAUCAGUCAACGCACAGGACGUCGUCAAGUUCUCUCCUCUUCAUCUCGCCUGCUACUUUGGACACGAAAAGAUUGCAGAGACAUUGAUAAGACAUGGUGCAGACAUCAACUCAACAGGUGAAGUAGGUGACCGGCCCCUGCACCUGGCUUGUGCCAAGGGCCACCUGAAACAUGUGCAGCUACUGGUAGAUGGCAAGGAAGAAAACAAAGCAGAUGUGAAUGUACGAGACAAUGAGGAGCACACCCCCCUGCACUUCUGCUGCAGACACGGCCACCUCCCUAUCCUGAACUACCUACUCCAGCCUGACAGGGGGGUGGAACCUCACAUAUCCAACAUCUACGGAGACACACCCCUGCAUCUUGCCUGCUAUGGUGGAAAGGUGGAGGCUGUGAAGAAGCUUGUAGAACACACGGGAAGAGACAGUCUCAGUAAGGAGAACAUCUUCAGUGAAACUCCUCUUCACAGUGCAUGUACCAAUGGGAGAAGUCUGGAGCUGGUGAAGUUCUUGUUAGCACAGGAAGGGGUCAGUGUGAACCACCAGGGACAGGACGGACACACAGCCCUCCACAGUGCCUGUUACCACGGCCACAUACGACUGGUCCAGUUUCUCCUGGACAACAACGCAGACAUGAACCUGGUCGCUAGGCAACAGGAGCCAUCAGUGGAAGGAGAGGAGAAAGACCAACAGAACCAGACCUGCCUGAUGUGGGCUUACGAAAGAGGUCAUGAUGCUAUAGUGACAUUACUGAAACACCACAAAAGACCACAGGAUGAGUCGGCAUGUGGGGACUAUUCACAAGGUGGAAGUGACGGGUCCUAUGUCUCUGUGCCGUCACCUCUAGGAAAAUUACGAAGUCUUACAAAAGAGAAAAUCGAUGUACUUCAUCUCAGGUCAACCUUACCUCAGAAGUUCCAUCUUCAAAUAGGGGACAUAGAGUUUCAGGAAACAAUAGGCAGUGGGUCUUUUGGGAAGGUUUACAAAGGGAAGUGCAAGGGGACAACAGUUGCUGUAAAAAGAUAUCGUGCAAAUGCGUUCUGUGCCAAGUCAGAUGUAGACAUGUUCUGCAGGGAAGUUUCCAUCCUGUGUAAACUCAACAGCGACUAUGUCAUCAAGUUUGUGGGGGCCUGUCUCGAAGACCCAAGCCAAUUUGCCAUAGUAACAGAGUAUGUCUCAGGAGGUUCAUUGUUCAGCCUGCUUCAUGAGCAGAAAAGCUACCAGGACAGGGACCCUAGGGUGAUCGACCUCCAGUCCAAGAUUACAGUAGCGUUAGAUGUAGCCAAAGGAAUGGAGUAUCUUCACAACUUGAAGCAGCCGAUCAUACAUAGAGAUCUAAACAGCCACAAUAUAUUGUUGCAUGAAUCAGGACAUUCAGUUGUUGCAGACUUUGGUGAGUCAAGAUUUCUGAAGUCUCAGGACGAUGAAAACAUGACAAAACAACCAGGGAACCUAAGAUGGAUGGCACCUGAAGUGUUUACCCAGUGCACCAAGUACAGUAUCAAAGCAGACGUCUUCAGCUACUCCUUAGUCUUGUGGGAACUCUUAGCAGGAGAGCUGCCUUUCGCACACCUCAAGCCAGCUGCCGCAGCAGCAGACAUGGCGUACAGGAACACCCGCCCUCCCAUCGCUAUCACCUUCCCUAAACAGAUCACCUACCUCCUACAGAUAGGCUGGCACGCCACACCAGAGGAGCGGCCAGAGUUCAAACAGAUUGUGAAGAAGUUGCAGGAGUGUAAGGAGUCAGUAGAGAGUGCGACAGCAGCCAUCAGUGGUACGACGGUGACAUUUUCCAGCGGGGCGCCCAUCCCCGCCACGUCCGAGGAAAACGGGACAGUGCCGACGCCCGGUCAUGUUAAUGCCCUGAGGAAACAGUGGGAGUCCGCCGGGGCUGGGAUCGGCAAACCACAAGGACUGACCAUGGAGGAUAUCAGGAAAGUUCUACCCACCUUUCCCAGUCCCAACAAAAAUGGUUACGUAUCAGACCCCCUCAGCACGCUAAGGUUGAACCCGAACAUCAGCUUCACUUCUCACCCCCUCCCCUCCCCCCAGCCACCACAGAACCUUCCUGACACGUCACACAGCAAUGUGCUGUUGUAUCAUACUGUACACCAUAACAACUCUUAGUGUUUAUACUGGUAGGAAACUUCUGUAAGCCAUUGGUGUGGAAAGACUUUGCAGAAAAAGCUGCAUUUUGUAAGAUUUUAAAGAAAAGUACUGACGUAUCAACAACUUGAGUACAUGGCAGAUUUUUUGAGGCUACUGUAUUGGAAGUUGGAAAAAUGCAGUAACUGUUUUCCAAACUUCAAAACCCAGCCCUUCAGUGUACAUGUAAACCACCACCUUAAACUGACAAGCACCAAAUCACAUAUAUCGGUGCCAAGCAGUGCUUCAAAAUGAAGAUUUCUGUCUCUAAGAAAAUAUUUCUUGUAUGAGGAAGAAAAUGUACAUAACGUGGAAUGUGUUUGUCAACUGACUGAUGGGUGAAGAAAACGUGGAUGUCACAAAAGUUGUCACGUUGUACAUACAUGUACAUGUACCCAUUUUGACGCUCAUGGGGUCUUUCAUAACAUCAAAGUCUGUGAUGAAAUAUGCAGUAAAAUGUUUUACACAGAAGACAUACCUCAGAAAACUCCCUAAUAGGACAUAAACCUUUAUGUAAUGAUGGUUACUAGGAAAGUGUAAUGCCAUAUAGAGAGAAAGAGUGAGAAAGGACUUGUUGUCUUGUCUCAAUUCAGCAAUAAGGUCAGUAAAUACUUUCAAAGGCAAGCUACGGCAAAAACGUUGUUGACACAUUUGUGUUAAGUUUUGAAGGAAGACACUGGAACAGUAUCAAUACGAAAAGUAAGGUAACGGUUGGAACAUUCUAUAUUUAAUAGAGUUUAUGACUGGGUAAAGUUGUGGAAAUGUACAGCAAAAUAUCAACCAUUGUAGCAGAAAGCAGAUGACUAUAAACAUAUCUGAUACAAUUUAACUGUAGUAAAAGUAUGCAAGUUCUCCGCAUUUUAUAGUCAUAAUGUCUUCACCAUUCUAGCCUUUAUCUGCUUUUUGCACUUACAUUGUUACAGUAGUAAAUUGUUCCCAAUAAAAAGCAUCUCCAUAUUGUUAAGUUUAGCUGCCAAAAAUUUAUUUGGUUUUGUUAAGGUAGCCCUGCCAACAUCAACAUUGUAUGUACGAUAGUAGCAAAUUAUUUAUUUGUCAACUUCUCAUUGUGUUCAAAACAAUGUAAUGUUGGAAAGGAGCUGACGUCCUGUUAUCAUAUGAUGGUUCUUAUGUUGUUAUGUUGUCAUUCUUAUCUCCAGUGCUGAAGCCGUACCUAUUUAUGCGAUGAUGUACAUACAUAUGUUCUACUGUAUACAUGUUACAUAUGUAUUAAAGCAGUCUUUAUAAACAACAGAUGUGUAUUUUUUAUAGACAGUGCACAGUAUUUGAACAUCAAGCACUUCUAUAGCAUGCUAUGGUAAAACAUUACAGUACCAAACAAACUUUUCUAUGAACACGUUAAAACCUUGCACAAUGUGCAUACUACGUAUAGUUACACC